AUGUCUAGUGGAAAUGAAAAAUUUGAUUAUGAUUAUUUUGUAAUUGGAGGUGGAUCAGGAGGUGUUCGUUCUAGUCGAAUAGCUAGUAAACUAGGUGCUCGUGUUGCUUUAGCUGAAGAAAAGAAAUUAGGUGGUACAUGUGUUAAUGUUGGUUGUAUACCAAAGAAAUUAUUUUGCUAUGCAUCACAUUUUCGUGAAUUAUUUCAUGACGCACAUAGUUAUGGAUGGCCAAAAAUCGAUAUGAAGUUAGAAGAUCAUAAUUGGAAAAAAUUUAUUGAAAGUAAAAAUGCUGAAAUUCAACGACUUAAUGAUGCUUAUGAAAAAACUGAAAAGGAUGCUAAUGUUAAAGUACUCAAAGGACAUGCAACAUUAAAAGAUAAACAUACAGUUAUUGUUAAUGGUAAAGAAUAUACAUCGAAAUAUAUACUUCUUGCUGUUGGAGGUCAUCCGGUAAUACCAAAAAUUGAAGGACAUGAACAUAUAAUUACAUCUGAUGAUGCAUUUUUCCUUGAAAAUUUACCAAAAAAAGUUACCAUCGUUGGUGGUGGUUAUAUUGCAUUGGAAUUCGCUUGUAUUUUCCAUGGAUUUGGUUGUGAAGUAUCAUUAAUUUUACGUGGAAAAACAAUUUUACGCAGUUUUGAUGAAGAUGUUCGAUCAAAAUUGACUGAUGAAUUGAAAAAGAAUGGCAUUAACUUUCGAUUUGAAACUGAAAUUGAAAGUGUUGAAAAAUUAUCUGACGAGGCUUUUCGUGUUAAAUUUAAGAAUGAUAAAACAACAAUUGAUACAAAUCUUGUUAUGUUUGCUAUUGGUCGUAAACCACAAAUAGAAAAUUUAGGUUUAGAUAUUGUUGGUGUUAAAACCGAUGAUAAAGAUGUUAUUCAAGUUGACGAUUAUUCUCAAACAAAUAUUCCAAAUAUCUAUGCGGUUGGUGAUUGUACAGAUCGUACAGCUUUAACACCUGUUGCUAUACAAGAAGGUCAUUAUUUAGCAAAUAUGCUUUUUAAAAAUGAACAACCACGAAAAGUUGAUUAUGCUACUGUUGGUACAACUGUAUUUAGUGAACCAGCUAUUGGUACAUGUGGUGUAACUGAACAACAAGCUAUAGAAAAAUAUGGACCUGAUGGUUAUGAUGUAUAUGAAUCAACAUUUAAACCAAUGUUUGUUCAAUUACCUAAACGUGAUCGAAAAUCUUAUGUGAAAUUAAUUGUUGAAAAAGAUAGUCAACGUGUUGUUGGUAUUCAUAUAAUGGAUCAUGCUGCACCUGAAAUUAUUCAAAUGUGUUCAGUUGCUAUACGUGCUGGAGCAACGAAAGAAUUAUUUGAUCAUUCAAUUGGUAUACAUCCAACUAGUGCAGAAGAAAUUGUUCAAAUAAGAGAAAAAAGAGAAAAGAAAAAGGAAUAA